AACCCUCCAUCCCCUCCAGACUCUGCCAGUGCCAGAGGCAGGCGAGAAGGUGCUUGGAGCUGUCUGCAGAGAGCGCAGGCUCUGACAGCCAGGGGAGAGGAGAGAUUGGGAGUUCUCCUUUCAGGGGUAGGAGGGACGGCUGCAGCCGCUCUAUGCAGCCCACGCUGUUGGGUUUGCUGUGUUACCUUCGCCCCAGGCUCUCCAGCUCCUGCAGGCAGCAGGUACUGAUUAAGUGCCGCCCCCCCCCCCCCCCGUUCCCCCAGCACAUGGCAAAGUGAAGGAUUUGGAAGGCUAUUUCAGGGGACUCGCUCAAGGAACUUUGCCUAGUCUCUUCCCACAAACUCCCGUUGGAUACUUGGCUUCAUGGGGCUGUCAGCCACACGCUGAGUGCUCUCUGCUCCCUUCAGGACUGGCCUUUCCUCUCGGGCAGGCAGCAUGAGGGGCUCCUGGGGCAGUUUUCUCCCUCUCACUUUAGCUCUUUUCCUGGGGCUUGGGGAUUCUCAGAGAGACUUUGCUGGAAGAUUUGAUCCGAGUUCUUCAUUCCGAACCGAAGCUGGGAGCAGGGACACAACUCGGCUAAGGCUGCGGAACCAGGGCAAUAACUUGGGACCCACGGGCAAGGUGUACAGCCUGUUCCGAGUGCACAGCCCUCCUUCUGCCUCGGAGCACCUCCCAGCAGCCUCUCAUGUGGAUCGCCCAGCCUGGAUGAGGAGCUCGACAGGAGGGGACAACAGGGAGCAGCCGUCUAUUCCUCCAGAUCACAAACUACCUGCUCCCCAGAGUGCCCGAGGCCAAGCCAGCAACCUGAGGGCAGCUGCAGACUCUCCAGAUGGGACCCUCCUUCAGACCCCUGUGCAGAGGCAGAGGACGGACUCCGCACGCCAGCAGCAAAGAAACGGGCUCAAAGCUCGGACAGUGCCCAGGGCAAAGGUGCAGAAUGCCAGAGGCCGACUCACAGGGCCAAACGUCUGCGGGGGACAAUGCUGCUCAGGGUGGACAACUGCUCCUGGCACAAACCGAUGCAUCAAACCCGUCUGUGACCCUCCAUGCCAGAACAAGGGAUCCUGCAGCCGACCCCAGCUCUGCAUCUGCCGCUCGGGUUUCCAGGGCGCCCAAUGUGAAGAUGUCGUUCCAGAACGAGUGUACCAUCCUCCUGGCUCUGUGGCAGCCCUCCAGCCCCCAGCAGGCUCCCUUCCGAAGAGGGCUGGCAGUGCAGAGAGAGAAGGCUCACCCAGAGGGGCCCAGACACCUAUCCUGCAGCAACCACUAGCUGGGACUCAAGGAAGAAUCGGCUCCCCCGUCUCCCAGCACACUGGGUCUUCACGCACUGUCCGGCGCUACCCAGCUGGUAAUACUCAGCUAACGUCCAAUGCUCUACCCAAUGGGAAUGGGCAUGAACAGACCAGCUCUGGACCACACGCAGCCUAUCAAGAGCAUACGCUGUCUCUCUGGGGGGCCAACCUGACAGAGAAAAUCCGAAAGAUAAAGAUUGUCUUCACCCCCACAAUCUGCAAACAGACAUGCCGGAGCGGCCGCUGCUACAACAGCUGUGAGAAAGGGGACACCACCACCCUGUACAGCCAGGGGGGCCAGACCCAUGACCCCAAGUCUGGCUUCCGCAUCUAUUUCUGCCAGAUCCCCUGCAUGAACGGAGGACGCUGCAUAGGCAGGGAUGAGUGCUGGUGCCCGUCUAACUCCACAGGGAAGUUUUGCCACCUCCCAGUUCCAAAGCUGGAAAAAAAACAAGUGGGAAGAGUCCCAAAGACCCUGGCCAGCGGCUCCAUGAAGCAGUCCAUGUACACGCUGCCUCUGUCCAACCAGCUCGCUUCCUUAAAUCCUUCCCUGGUGAACGUCCACAUCAAGCACCCUCCAGAGGCCACUGUGCAGAUCCACCAGGUGGCCAGGGUGAGGGGAGACUCGGGCCAAUCGGAGGAGAACAGUGUGGAGGCUGUACUCCAGUCUCAGCUACCCACUGGGCCACAGUACAGCUACAGCAAUGGGAACAGCAACAGCAUCACCACAGAGAGUGGCCAGCAGCAGCGGCCCCCGGAGCUUAUGGGGAGAUGUUUCCGGGAGACACUGCAUGGACAGUGUGCUAACCCACUGGCGGGCCUGGCCAAGUUUGAGGAUUGCUGUGGCAGUGUGGGGCUCUUCUGGGGGUUGAACCGGUGCAUCCCAUGUCCCCCGAGACCAGCUCAUCCAGUGAUUGAAAACAGACAGGUGGAGUGUCCCCAAGGAUACAAGAGGCUGAAUCGGAGCCACUGUCAAGAUAUCAACGAGUGCCUGAUGCUUGGCCUGUGUAAAGAUGCCGAAUGUGUGAACACCCGCGGCAGUUUCCUCUGCACCUGCAAACCCGGGACCAUGCUGGACCCGUCCCGCAGUCGCUGUGUCUCGGAUAAGGCCGUGUCCAUGGAGCAGGGGCUGUGCUAUCGCUCAGCAGCAGGAGGCGUCUGUGCCCUACCACUCGCCCAGAGCAUCACCAAACAGAUCUGCUGCUGCAGCCGUGUUGGCAAAGGAUGGGGGAGGAAUUGUGAGAAGUGUCCUAUGCUUGGGUCAGAAGCCUUUAAGGAGAUUUGCCCAGCGGGACAUGGUUACACCUACUCCAGCUCCGAUAUCCGUCUGUCCAUGAGAAAGGCGGAGGCAGAAGAGCUGCCAUUCAGCUCAGAGGAGCAUGGGGAGAGCAGCAACUGGACGUCCAACAGGGCAGCAAAAAGGCCGCAGCUGCAGGAAGCCCUGAGUGGUGGAGUCACAGGUCAUUCUCCAGAUAGUGAGGGCACUGCUGAUGCCACCCAAGAACCUGCCACACACCCAGGGGAUGUAGUGGAGGAGACAUUCCCUCGCCCUCCCUCCCAGCCAGGCCCAGAGGCUGCAGGGGAGGGCACUGCUGCAGCACAGAUCACAGAAAUCGAUAGAUGCUCCUCUGUACCUGACCCGUGUGGCCCAGGCACUUGUGUGAACCUGCCCGGCAGAUACAGCUGCAUGUGUGGCCCUGGCUAUCGGCUGCAUCCUGGCCUCCCCCGAUGCAUUGAUGAUGAUGAGUGUAUGAGAGAUCCCUGCGCUGGGAAGGGUCACUGCAUCAACAGUGUGGGCUCCUACUCCUGCCUCUGCUACCUGGGGUACACCCUGCUUGCCUCCCAGGAUGCACAGACCUGUCAGGAUCUGAAUGAGUGUGAGCAGCCCAACAUGUGCCAGGGGGGGCAGUGCACCAACACACCUGGAUCAUAUCACUGUGAGUGUGCCAGGGGCUACAUCAUGGGCCGCACAGGACAGUGCGAAGACAUUGAUGAGUGUGCUGACCCCAGCACCUGCCCCAGAGGGAGAUGUGUCAAUGUGCUGGGCUCCUAUGAGUGUCUCAGCUGUGCAACCGGUUACCAGCCGAUGAAUGGAAGAUGCGUUGAUGAUGAUGAGUGCUUCACCGUGGGAACCUGUGCUCAUGGACUGUGCAUCAACCUGGCUGGCUCCUUCAGGUGUUCCUGCUACCAUGGCUUUGAGGUGACAGCAGAUGAGAAGAGCUGCCAAGAUAUCGAUGAGUGUGCGACCCACAACCCCUGCCGCAUGGGACUCUGUAUGAACACCGAGGGCUCCUUCUCCUGUGCAGCCUGUGGUGCUGGAUACACCGUGUCCAGAGAUGGCAGCAUGUGUGAAGAUAUCGAUGAGUGCAGCUCACCAACUGCCUGCCCCUUGGGAAUCUGUACCAACACGGACGGCUCCUUUGCCUGCCAAGCCUGCGAUGCUGGCUACAUGCUCUCCUCCAACAGACUCACCUGUGAAAAUAUUGAUGAGUGUGAAGACCCCACCGUUAGCUGCCUCGGAGGAGAGUGCCUGAACACACCGGGCUCCUACGUCUGCCACUGCCACCCUGGAUUUGAGCUGCUCAACGGCACUGUGUGUGAAGACAUGAAUGAGUGCCUGGGCAGUGAGAUCUGCAGCCCCAAUGGCGAGUGUCUGAACAGCCAUGGAUCCUAUUUCUGUAUUUGUGCUCUUGGCUUCUCAAAUGCGGCUGGGGGAGUCAGCUGUCAAGACGUGGAUGAAUGUGCAGACAAAUCCCGGUGUUUGCGAGGCCAGUGUUUCAAUACGGAGGGCUCCUACAGAUGUUUGUGUGAAAAUGGCUUCAUGCACUCACAGGAGACUGAUGACUGUGUAGAUGUGGACGAGUGUGCGGAUUUCGGGGACACUGUGUGCGGCACAUGGAGGUGCCUGAACACCCUGGGUUCAUACCGCUGCGUUAUGGGCUGCCAGCCUGGCUUCCACCGGACACCGCUGGGUGACUGCAUUGACAUAGAUGAAUGUGCCAACGAGACGCUGUGUGGGAGCCACGCCUUCUGUGACAACACGGAUGGCUCAUUCCGCUGCCUCUGCGACAAUGGCUAUGAGAACUUGCCCCCAGGCCAGGACUGCGUGGACGUGAAUGAAUGUGAGCUGAUGGUAGCCGUGUGUGGGACCGCGCUCUGUGAGAACGUGGAGGGAUCAUUCCUGUGCCUGUGCCUCAGUGACCAUGAGGAGUACGACACGGAGGCAGGAGAGUGCCGGCCACGAGCUGGCAUGGGGGAUCCUGAGCGGCCCAUAGCACCACGUCCCGCUGGCUCAGAGCGGAAGGAGUGUUACUAUCACAUCAGUGACGUCCAGCUGUGUGACAGCGUCCUGGCCAAAAACACCACCAAGGAGGAGUGCUGCUGCACCGAGGGGGCUGCUUGGGGGGACAACUGUGAGACCCAUCCCUGCCCUAUCCUGGGCACAGUGGAAUACAGUGAGAUCUGCCCGAGUGGGAAGGGCUAUAUCCCUGUGGAAGGGACUCUGCUCUUUGGACAGACGUCAUACACAGAUGCAGAUGAGUGUGAGAUGUUCGGCCCCGAGAUUUGUCGGAAUGGGCAUUGUGUGAACACGGUGCCAGGGUACAAGUGCUUCUGCCGCUCUGGCUAUCUCUACGACUCUAGCCGGCUCGAGUGUGUGGAUCAAGACGAGUGUGAGAAUGAAAUGUCCUGCGUGAAUGGUGAGUGUCUGAACACAGCCGGCUCCUUCCACUGCUUCUGCAGCCUCCCCCUGGUGCUGGAUGUGACCCGCAACCGCUGCAUCAACGUCUCCAACAGGGCUGAAGACCUGGAUGAACAUGAAAUCCACCUGGACAUCUGUUGGCAGAGAGUCUCCAACUACAUCUGCAACCAGCCACUGCGGGGGCGACGGACCACGUACACCGAGUGCUGCUGCCGCUAUGGCGAGGCCUGGAGCCAGGACUGUGCACUCUGCCCCCAUAGGGCCUCUGAGGAAUUUGCUCACCUGUGUAACGUGGCCAGGGGAGAGACUGAGAGGGAGGCUGGACUACAAGAAAGGCCCGGAUACGAGUAUGGACCAGGCCUAGAAGACUCUCAUUAUGGACUCUAUAGCCCAGACUUAGGGCCCUAUUACAAUUACCUGAGUCCUGAGUAUGGAGCCCCUGAUGCCAGCUUCCCCCAGAGAGAACUGAGCAGUGAGGUUGGUGGCAGCACAUUCCUACGCACUCCUCAGCUCCAUCCAGCGCAGUCCCAGCCCCGCUACCUGCCCAGCCAAACUGGGCAUUUUGACAGCUUUGAGGGACUCCAGGCAGAGGAGUGCGGCAUUCUGAAUGGCUGCGAAAACGGGCGCUGCGUGCGCGUGCAGGAGGGCUACACCUGCGACUGCUUUGACGGCUUCCAGCUGGACAUGACCCACAUGGCCUGUGUAGACAUUAACGAGUGUGAGGAGGUGAGCAGCCCUGAGCCCCUGUGUGAGGGCGGCACCUGUGAAAAUACAGAGGGCUCUUACCGCUGCAACUGCUCACCUGGCUUUGUGGUGCAGGCUGAGCCCCACCGCUGUGCUCCUGCACCCGCCCAGAGCCCAGAGGCAGCACAGCUUUAGGGGAGUGAUGGGGCAAGGGUGGCCCCCCUCAGACACUCUGCUGGUACCUGGAUCCAUCGGCUGGAGAGAGGCCCCCUGGGACUGCAGUAGCUUUGAUGCCCUUUGUUCGUCCCCCAAAGCGCACAACCUUCUUGCCACACCUCGCCUGGCUGGGCCCAUAGGGACAUAGUCCAGGGUAGAGAGCUCCAAGCAUCUGCAGCCACCUCCCUGCCUGGUCUGCUCACCACCAACCUCCUGCUUCUGCCACAACAUGGACCCACAGGGCCCCCCACUCCCCUCCCCCACCAACCUGCAGGGCCCCCCUCCUCUGCACAGACCUGUGAGGCUCACCAUUAUUGAAAUUGCUAAACAGGCCUUAAACUAAGGAACUCUAGCAGCUGAAGCUGCAGAAGGGCAGCACCUUCCCCCAGCUCCUCAGUAACUGGUGUGAAUAGCGGAGAGAAGCCUUAGCCCUUCCCCAGUACCUGGCAGAGGGGUUGAUAGCAAAUCAUGCUGUCCUGUUUGAGGGCUCACAGGACCCUUCACCCCACUCCCACCCAUAGUCUGGAGCCUUCAUAGUUGCCAGUGUUACCCCUCAUUGCUUUAGCUGGUGUCUUUGCCCUGGCCCAAAGCACAGCCUGGUGCAUGAACCCCAGGCCUGGGAGCUUGAGUGUGAGGAGGGCCAGCUCCAGCUUUGUACAGCUGCCACCUGUCCUCUGGAGGUGGCUUGGACUUGGAGCCCAGCAGGUUUGAAAGGCCUGGGGACCCUGCUCUCCCUGGGCACAAGACUUUCACCCCUGCACUUUGUACGAUUGCCUUGCAGUGGAAUGGGGUUCCAGCUUUGUAAAGCUGUUGGUGGCUUUUCCUAAUGGAAUCUGCUAGGGAACAUCUGUUGUUGUUAAAUAAAAUGUUUAUUCGGGGCCCUAUGGCUCA